UUUGGAUCAAUCAUAUGGGUUUUAUUUAACUAUUUAGUAACCGUAACUGACUGAAUUAUACCUCAGGACCUAAAGACACACAAGAAACAAACACAUUUUACACUUAAUAAUUUGAAUGGACAUGGAAUAGACACAUUGCCCCCAUCUGGAUGAGGAAUAUAACACACCAUUUUGCACAUCUGGGUAGGAGAAGCAGCAGACAGCCACACCCAUGACUCUUCAACACUUCACAAGCCGCUUUCAAUAAAGGACUUUUUGUUUUCAAGCAGAGAUUGAGUCUGCUAAAAUGGAUGGAGAGGACAGCCUCUCUCAAAACUCUGACGGUCAAGAAGUAGAUUGUAACGGAUGCAUAGAAAACAAGCGGCAAGAAGCCAAAGGAACAUGUCUAAAAAUUGAGGGGCAAGAUGGAUAUGUAUUUAAAUCAUACAGCAUUACUCCUCAUGAGGUUACAGAUGCAAGACCCCCCCACAGUUCCUCAGAUGCGCUGGCUAAAGAAUCCUCUUCUGUGUCCUCGCCCCUUGAAGGAACAGAAGAAGACGGGUCUUCUCAGGCUGAAGGACAUUCAACAGAGUGUCCAGGAGUGGGGGAAACCUGUGACAAGCAGGACAGCUCACCCAUUUCAAGCAAGAACCAGAACACUGAAAUAAACAAAGAAAAUACCACUGAAAAUGAAACAGCUGUACAUAUCAAAGAGGAACCAAAUGCAAUGGAUGAAAGUGCCCAGGAAGAUGAAAAGUCAUCAUUUGAUGGGGCCGUUGGUCCUUUUGUUACAAGAGGCAAUGAUGAUUACAACAACCUUUUUAGUGGAUACUCAAGUACCCUUUAUGACGUUGCUAUGGACGCUGUCACACAAAGCCUUCUGUCAUCCAUAAGAAAUCCUCUUAAUCCCAGGAAGAAGUCUCCUGCUUGGAACCAUUUUUUCAUAUCACCACGAGAUAGUACCAAAGCAAUCUGUAUGUACUGUAUGAAAGAGUUCAGUCGGGGUAAGAAUGAAAAAGACCUCAGCACCAGUUGUUUGAUGAGACACGUGCGAAGGGCUCACCCCACUGUGCUUCUACAAGACAGCGAUUCCUCUAAUACUUUGUCCAGCUCUGUUGCCUCAUCCUCAAUACCUCCAAUGAAAUCACCAAAUAAUGGAGACUUGGCAGCUAGCAGCAAAUGCUCUUCAGAUAACAACACCUCACCGUCCACCUCCUCAGCCGAAGCCACAGACGUAUCAUCCAAAGAGGAGUCACAAAAGGUCAAACCAAAAUUAGAAAAAUGUGUGAAAAAUGACACAGGGGCAGUCUCAUCUCCACAUUCCGUCAGCAACCACAUUGAUGAUGUCAUGGAUAUAGGUUCGGAACGCUUAGGGACAACCCCCAAAAACUCAAGUUCUCGAAGGAGAUCAGCAGUGUGGAAGCAUUUCUAUCUGUCACCUGCCGAUAGCUCCAAAGCUGUGUGUAUACACUGUAUGAACGAGUUCAGUCGAGGCAAAAACGGUAAAGACCUGGGAACUAGCUGUCUAAUUCGCCACAUGUGGCGGGCUCACCGAGACAUUGUCAUUGAAGAAAAUGGACAAGGCUCCAGCAUUCCACCACCUUAUGUCACACCACCUACACUUUUGUCACGAACACAGAUUCAGGACUCCGGGGUCGAGAUAAAAAAAGAACCCUCCUUUACAUCAUCUUCCCCCGAAACUGUAUCAGAUGAAGUGUCUGUAAACCUUGGUGAAAAUAUGGAUGUGAAGGAGGAGGUUAAUGAUGCUGCAUAUCAAUCAGGACAAGAGUCUUUGCUUGAUCUGUCUUUAGGGCUGAAAGGUGAAAAUAUACCUCAUUCCUCCUCUCCAGAGGAAUCUGCUGAGGGCUCAGUCUUAACCCAAGACCCAAGUUCAGUUUUCCAACAAAACAAAAAAAUAAUGAAAAGGGUGAAGUCAGAGGUCUGGCACCAUUUCAUAGUUUCUCCAGUUGACCAGUUAAAGGCUUUGUGUCGAUAUUGUCCCUGUGUCAUUAGCCGAGGAAAACGUGGGGACUUUGGCACAAGUUGUUUAAUGAGGCAUCUAAUGAGACGACAUCCUGACGUUCUGAAGAGCCAAAAAGGCACAUUUGACAAGGUGUCCUCUCCACAUUCACCUUACAAUAAUCUCUCUGUAGAAGAGGCUAUGUCUACAAACGCAACUGACAGCCCUACCCAUGAGAAGAAACCACAAACUCUUCCCAUUUUCAGCAAAAAGACUUCAAAGCUGUGGAAUCAUUUUUCUAUUUCUUCUGCAGAUCCAACCAAGGUGGUCUGUUUGCACUGUAGCCGAACAAUAAGCCGGGGCAAGAAGACAACAAAUCUAGGCACUAGUUGCUUAUUUAGGCACAUGCAGAGGUUUCACGGACAUGCUCUUGAAAAUAGCAGCAGUAUCUCAGGUGAUGUGUCCACUGCUGAAAUUCAAGUAAAACAAGAGCUAAUGGACACCUCUGCAUACAAAGAAAAUGGUGAAAGCUUUGAUGAAUGCCACCCAGUUGCCAAAAAAAUCACCAAACUUGUUGCAGAAAUGCUUGCACUGGAUCUUCAGCCAUCAGCUGUGGUAGAGAAUGUUGGGCUAAACCGAUUACUGGAAUACCUCCAGCCACAGUAUUCUCUACCCUCCUCUUCUUACUUCACCAGCACUGCCAUACCAGAAAUGUACGAAAGGGUGAAAGAGGUUGUGCUAACACACCUCAAGGAGGCUGAGAGUGGAAUUGUCCAUUUUACAACAAGCAUAUGGGUCAGCAGCCAAACCAGAGAAUAUCUAACUUUAACAGCCCAUUGGGUGGCGUUUGAGUCGUCUGUCCGACCUCAGGGGCAGGAUUUCCAUUGCUCAGCCCUCCUUGGUGUGUCUCCAAUAGACUGUGACUACAAUGUGCUGAACAUACAGAAGCAGCUUGAAUACCUUUGGGACACCUGGAUCAGCACUUCAGGCCUGAAGAUUGGAUUCACUGUAACUGAUAAUCAAACCAUAGGGAAUAUCUUGGAGGACAGCAAUCAUGUGACCAUGCAGUGUUUUUGUCACAACAUAGACCUUAUAGUCAAUGAAGCCAUAAAAAGCCAGAGAAUGGUUCAAAACCUGCUAAGCAUAGCCCGAAAGAUCUGUGAGAGAGUACAUCGUUCAGCUAAAGCAAAAGAGAAACUGGCUGAACUGCAGAGGGCUUAUCAGUUACCUGAAAAUCAGCUGGUUCAGGAUGUUCCUUCAAAGUGGAAGACGUCCUUUUUCAUGCUUGAACGCUUAGUGGAGCAAAAGAAAGCCAUUGAUGAAAUGUCAAUAGAAUGCAAUUUCAGGGAACUGAUAAGCUGUGACCAGUGGGAAGUAAUGCAGUCAGUGUGCAAUGCCCUGAAGCCUUUUGAGGUAGCAUGUAGGGAGAUGAGUAAUCGCACUGCAACUCUGGGUCAGGUCAUACCUCUCAUCCACAUUCUAAACCGAAAGAUUGACAUGCUUUUUGAUGAGACCAUGGGUAUUGACAACAUGCUGAAGUCUCUGAAAGAGGCCAUGGUAACCAGAAUGUCUCCCACUCUUCAUGAUCCAAGAUACACUUGGGCAACAAUGCUGGACCCAAGAUAUAAAACCUCCUUGUUCACUGAGGAGGAAGCAGAGCAGUGUAAGCAGGAUCUCAUAAGAGAACUUGACUUAUCAUUGUCUACCUCUGCAGAACCAAGGCCUCCAUUGUCCAACGGUUGCACCAAUGUCCCACCUUCAUCAAAUAGCUCUGUCACAAACAAAGACAACCUCUGGGCUUUGAUGGAUGAUAUCAGGCUAAAAAUAAAGCAGGAGGAGAGACCAAAAUCAUCUGAGCUUGCUGUUCUUGAAUAUUUGGAGGAAGACAUCCUUGACCAGAGCUGUGAUCCCCUAGAUUAUUGGAACCUAAAGAAGUUUCUGUGGCCCGACCUUGCCAAAGUAGCUGUCCGUUAUGUGGGCUGCCCACCCAGCAAUGUUCCUGUAGAGACUCUAUUCAGCACAGCAAGUACAAAUGGAGCUUUGAAUCAGUCCAGACCAUUGCUAGAAAAUCUCGAAGGACUCCUGUUUUUAAAAGUCAAUCUUCCCUUGAUAUAUUUUCAAUAUUGAUAACAUUUUAAACGGUGCAAGGCUGCUUCUUCAAGUCAAAUAGGCCCUGAGCAAGGACCAAAUUUCAUCUAAAUAAAGGCCCUUAAAAUUGUUAUAUUUUACACUGAGAGGUUCAUACUCAAUUCUUGGAGCACGUGGACCAUUUUUAUUUGAAUGAAAUUGCAUUGUAUUUGUACUACUGUAUUACACUUGAUAACUGGAGUUUAUCCCAU